UAUGUAUAGGCAAAUGUUAAAUAAAAAUCACUAAAAGUCCCCAAUGGUUAGUCUUCCUGCUCCCCAACCCGACAACCAGAUCCCACUCACCUGCUCUCUGUCUCUCGCACUUACUCUAAGUAUAAAUUGGUUAAUUGUUUAAUCUGAUAAUAGAAAAAUACACAGCUCAGAAGCCAAAAAUACAAUAAACUGGCAAACUAAAAUGCUCAAGUCUGGAAAAUCGAAACCCAAAAACAAUACAUAACGAAUUGAAAGAAGCAAACAUGAACUCCUAUUUCGAUUCGGCCAUCGAAUAUACGAGUAAGAAUCCGUUUAGUGUCUCCCCAACAAAUAUCGAACAGUCACAGACUUCACUUCAUGAAAAGAACUGGGAAUGGACAUAUUUAGUGCGAAAAUGCCGCAAUCUGGAAUUGGAAGAGUCCUAUGACCUAUAUAUGCGACGUCUACGCGUCGGUUAUCUCUCACUAUUCAUUUUUAUUCAACUCUUUGUUUCGAUAUUACACGCCCUACUCUUGCUGACAUCCUCAGAGCGAUCUUUAGUCUACAUGGAUAUGGCUGUCUAUUUAGUGUCCGGCGUUCUCAUUUGGUUUAUAUUGUCGGUUAAUUUUCGCAACGAAUUGGUCUGCAAAUACAAUUGGAUAGUCUAUGCCUCAUCGUGGCUAGCUGUUAGUGUUAUGGUCCUCAUGGAUAUUGGACUCAAUGUGUAUCAUGCGACGAGCAGCAACAAUAUAUUAAAUCCCAUCUAUGAUGCCUAUACCCUGUAUGCCAUCUAUAUGUUUAUGCCUGUUCCAUAUUUAUUGCAACCAUUUGUCCUGGGAACAGCUGUCACACUGUGCUACAUAAUCAACUAUAGCUUUGUGAUCACCUCCAAGGAGGAUAAUCAAAUGCAUAGCAUUCUCAACGAAGCCAUCUAUCUGAGCUGUGUCAAUCUGUUGGGCAUAUUCUUUCGCCUGAUGCGCGACAUAGCGUUAAGGACAACAUUUCUGGAUCGUCGUCAAUAUGUCGAAGAGAAUCUACUCCUGCGAUAUGCUCGUGAUCAGGAGCGUAGUCUCCUAUUAAGUAUUUUACCCAAUCAGAUAGCCGAUCGCCUGCAAGAAGAUGUUAAGAAUCGUGUCGAACGAUCCAAGCGACAGCAUCAGCAGCGAUCCCACAUAGAUUUACGGAGUAGUGAUAAUAGUCAGACCUUGAAGCGAUGGCGGCAACCCGAUCAUGAUACCCUCUUCAUCGAGCCUCAUAAGGAUGUCACUGUGCUAUAUGCCGAUGUGGUCAACUAUACCCACUUGACCACCACAUUGGAUGUGAAAAAGCUAGUGGAGGCGCUACAUGAUCUAUUCGUACGCUUCGACAUUGCCAGCGAGGAGUACAAUGUGCUGAGGAUCAAAUUUUUGGGCGAUUGUUAUUAUUGUGUAGCUGGAUUGGUAAGUAAGAAUGACGAUCAUGCCAAAUGCUGUGUGGAUUUGGGUCUACGAAUGAUCAAGGAUAUACGAGAUGUGAGGGAGAAACGUCAUCUCAAUAUCGAUAUGCGCAUUGGUGUACAUUCAGGUGAUGUUCUGUCUGGUGUAAUUGGUGCUGCGAAAUGGCAAUUUGAUAUCUGGUCCAAGGAUGUGGAUAUUGCCAAUCGUUUGGAGGCCACCGGAGCCACAGGUCGUGUCCAUGUUAGCCAGCAAACUUUGCGACUCCUGGACGGUGAAUACUUCUUUGAGGAUGGCACCGAAAAGGCACGCGAAGAUCCAGUACUGCAAAAGCAUGACAUACGCACCUUUCUGAUCAAAUCACUGCGCGCCCCCAUGCAUGAUCCGCGUCGCGUGCAACGCGAACGACAGGCCAAGAAACUGAGCGAGGCCUGCAAAGCGAAUUUCAUGCACAACUCGACGCUGCAUCAAUACAAUCAAGUACGUAACCAGGCCAAGCUGGAAAUGUGCCGGGAAUUGGACAAAAUGCCCAUCGGGCGUAUACAGCUAACGAAAUUGUGGCGACGCAGCACGAAAUUAACCCAAGAUGAAAUGGAAGAGGAGAGCUUUCGUCGUAAUAUUAGUUCGUGUUGUCUACUCUUUCGAAAUCGAAAAUGGGAACAACAGUAUGUACUAGAGCCGGAUAUAAUGCUUAAGUAUAGCAUAGCUCUAUCCUGGGUUAUCUACAUCGGCCUUCUGUCCAUUCAAUUGCUCAGCAAGGAUCCAAAAUAUCAUUAUUGGUAUAUAGAUGGCACCACAAUCGUUCUACUCACCAUGCUGCUGAUUGUCUCAUGGUAUAAGAAACUCUGGAUUAUGUAUGUCUCUGAUGCGGAACAAGCUCUGCCCCAUAGUCGGAUCAGUCAUUUCAUUUACAACAUGUCGGAUGUAAUGCAGCGUAAUAUCGUUCUACGGAUAGCCAUAUAUUUCCUGAUUAUACUCUCCUAUUGUGCCGUAGCGGCCAUGCAAGUAAUAGACUGUGGCGGCGAUGAGACUGUAUAUGAGCUUAGUUCGACCUAUGAGGAUCGUGUUUAUUGUUUCCACCCAUGGAUUCUCACCAAUUGCAUGACUCUGGUCAUUGGCAUGUCGCUGAUUUUCACCCGUAUACCCUUUGUCGUCAAGGCAAUCUUUUCUACAAUCAUCACCGUGUCAUAUGCCGUGUUGGUUGUAUUCGAAUUCAAUUAUAUAUUCGCCAGCAGCCCAUCGACAAAUGUUAAUUUCAAUGCUGAGUAUUCGCACAUUUUGCUGAUCUUUAUAACCCUGGGAAUAUUUCAUUUGAUGGAACGUCAGACAGAGUUUAUUGCCAAAGUAGAUUACAACUGGAAGAGACAAUUGCUGACCAAACAAGAGGAUGCCCUUAUCACGAAUGAUACGAUUAAAGUUCUGCUCACAAACAUAUUGCCCUCUCAUGUGGCUGAUUACUAUUUGUCCACUCAAUUGCAAAAUGAACUCUACUAUGAGGAGUAUGAUAAUGUGGCUGUGAUGUUUGCCUCCAUCAAGGGAUUCGAUACGGAUAAAAUUGGUUUGAGGGUAUUGAACGAGAUAAUCUGUGAUUUCGAUGAUGUGUUGAACAAAUAUGCCUGCAGCAUGCGUGUGGAGAAGAUCAAGGUGGCCAAUUGGACUUAUAUGGCUGCCUGUGGUUUGGAUGUUUCCCGAUCUGAGCAUGCUCCCCAAAUAAAAUUCCGCAAUGUCUCGCUUAUGCCGAAUGGAAGACGGAGCAAUUAUACGGGGAGAGCUAGAAACUCGGAGGGCGUACAGCGUGUUCCGGUUGGCAAUGGGAGUAACAUUGCCUUGGAUCUGGAUCUGGAACGUGGUCAGUAUGAAGGCAAUGUAGUGCCACGUGCUCAUCGGAGCAGUCUGGGUAAUAGUAAUAACAAUAGCAACGGUGAGGUGGUCCAUGUGAUGGCAAAAUUUGCACUGGAACUGAUGCGCACCAUGCGACGAUUCAAUGCCGAGAAUAUGCAAUCCGAGUAUGAAGGGAGUACGGAUUACGGCAUGCUCCGGAUUGGCAUCUCACACGGUCGUGCCAUGGCUGGAGUUGUUGGUAUAUCGAAGCCCCACUAUGAUAUCUGGGGCAAUCCAGUCAACAUGGCCUCACGCAUGGACUCAACGGGUGUCCCUGGCAAAAUACAAGUGACCGAGAAGACGGCCCUCAAAUUGCGAGAAUUCAAUAUACAAUGCAAUUAUCGAGGCAUGACUUUUGUCAAAGGACGCGGAAAUAUACCUACAUAUAUUCUAGCCACGGAUUCGGAAUACAAAGAUUUUCUGCCACAUCAAAGCCAAGCCAGCUAGUUACACAUCUAGAACUUAAUGCCAAAAUGUAAAUAGAUAAAUAUUUUGUUAAAAUA